ACUUUCACUUUCACACACACACAAUUUGGCUUUAUUUGUGCUUUCGUUGUCUUUUGAUUAACAAAAAAAAUAGUCUCUCUCUUGUCUCUCCUGUAGGAAAGAAAAGAAUAGUAUCAGUACUAGUAGUAGUAGCAACAGCAGCACAGUACAUACGUUCUUCUUCAUUUUUUCCAAUUGUUUUUUUUUCCAAUUUUUUUGGUAGCAAAUCUGUGAAUUUGUCAGUAUCUGUUGAAAGAUUUUGCUGUUUGUGUGCAUAACAACCACUUAUGAGUACUUGGCUGUAAUAUGUGUUGUGUGGAUGAAAGAGUAAGAGCUGGAAGGGAGAAGAAAGGUUGUUGUGUUUAAGCAGUAUAAUAAUCUGCUGAAACUACUGUGAAGUGAAGGAAAAAAGAAGUAUACUAGCGAAAAGGAGUUUGAUUAGCUGAAGUUUUGUUCAGAUUGGUAAAUUGUAAAAAUGGGGUCGGAGCAGAAUAGAUUUCCGCAGCAGCAAGGGCCGCCACUUCCUUCUCGGCGUAAACGAUGGGGAGGAUGUUUGGGAGGAUUGUCUUGUUUUGGAAGACAAAAAGGUGGAAAGCGUAUAGUGCCUUCAUCUCGUAUUCCUGAGCCCAAUUCAAUGCCAAAUCAGCAGAAUGUUCCCCAAGCUGGUGGGUUGAAUAAUCAGACAGCAGCUCUUUUAGCUCCACCAUCUUCACCCGCAUCCUUUUCGAAUUCAGCACUCCCUUCAACAGCUCAAUCACCAAGCUGUUUUUUAUCUAGCAAUUCGCCAGGAGGUCCUUCAUCUGCUAUGUAUGCCACCGGUCCAUAUGCUCAUGAGACCCAGUUGGUAUCUCCUCCUGUGUUCUCAAACUUCACCACUGAGCCAUCUACUGCUUCUUUCACACCUCCGCCCGAGUUGGCCCACUUAACUACUCCCUCUUCACCGGAUGUGCCUUUUGCUCGUUUCCUCUCCUCUUCCGUGAAAGUUAAAACCAACACUGGUGCCAAUGAUCUUCAAACAACAUACUCUCUUUAUCCAGGAAGUCCUGCUAGUACUCUCAGAUCCCCUAUUUCGAGGGCAUCAGGUGAAAGGGAACUUCCUCAACUGGAUCCUUCUAUUCCUUCAUCUGAGAUCAAGUAUCCAGGCCCUGAUUCAAGCACCUCCAAGUUGACUCAAGAUUCAAAUUUCUUCUGUCCAGCUACAUUUGCCCAAUAUUACAUUGACCACUCCUCAUUUCCUCAUUCUGGUGGAAGGCUGAGUGUUUCCAAAGAAACCGAUGCUUAUUCAACUAAUAAUGGGAAUGGCCAGCAGAGUUGGCAGAACAAACCAUAUAAACAAGAUGCAGAGGAAGUAGAAGCUUAUAGAGCAUCCUUCGGGUUCAGUGCUGAUGAGAUUGUUAGUACGACGCAAUAUGUGGAAAUUUCUGAUGUUGCAUUAGAUGAAUCCUUUAGCAUGACCCCUUUUACUACGCCCAGAGAAGAGGAAAUUAUAUUAACUAUGUCAACAACUGAGGGAACAAAAGGAGGGAAUAUCUCUAAUAUGGCAUCUCCUCAGCAGUGCAAACCAGGGAUAAAUCAUUUUGAAGGAGCAGACAAUUGCAUGAAAGAUCAUACGUCUCCAAAGAAAAUUGAAUCUGCUAACCAUGCAAUGAGUGACGAUGAAGGCAUCUUCUCCAAAUUGGGAACUUUAAGAUUAAGUCGGAAACAUGACCAUGGUUUGUCAAGCUCCGAUGCAGAGAUAGACUACAGGAGAGGAAGAAGUUUGAGAGAGGCAAAAGGCAAUAUCGCAUGGUAGCACUUAUAUUUAGAAUAUUAUAUAGUUCUAUUGGCUGAAUUGCAUGGUUCUCUUCUUUUGCUUUUGUUGAGGGUAUUCUUUCACAGGUGAUCUAUCCUCACUCGUGAAACCCCCUUACUGCGUCCUUGUUUAUUCUACUGUUUUAUUGAAGAAUGUAUUGUCUGUAUAUCUUAAGGUCCUCUCGAGUUAUGUAUGUCAAAAGUCGUAGCAAUAUACUUUCAGCCAUUAACGUCGUUAGGAGUGGGAAUGUAUCCUGGAACUUUUUGUACUGUGGAUUGUGUAUGCUUGUUUUGGAAUGUCUUAGGCUUGAAGUCUUUGGAAAUGUAUCUUAUUGAAUAUGCAUUUCAACCGGGUAUAUUGCUUUUAAUGACAAUGCUUUUGAUCAUUUGGCUCA